UACGAACACGUUAAAAAGUGCACGUUCAAUUUAGUUACAACCCUAUCUUUCGAAAGUUAGUGUGUGAAGUGAUUCGAUUUUUAUUUAUAUCGAAACCAGUGUUCGGAUUUCAAAGUGCCGUCAAAUUAGUGCUGACUGGAAAUUGUGUGAAACUUUUCCUUCUAGUUGUUUGAAACUUUGUGACAGUUUUGUUUUUAAAUUUUUUAGCAGUACUGUUGCGAUUCCGACUUUGUUCUAAGUUAGAAGAGGUUUGAAGUCUACUUGAUUGGGAACGAUGACCCCUCACCCUCGGGAGUCGGCGUGAGAGAUGGCGCGUGCGGCUGCCGUCUGCCUAUUCACAGCUCAUUUCCUGGGCUGCAUUAUUGUAUGCCGUCAAGACAGCACUAACAACCGACCACGAGAUCAGAGUACUGUCUCGGAAUCAUCUCGAAGAUUUAGAACAGAGUUCCUCGAAGACUGGCCACAAACACCCGGAGCUCCAUACUUUGACCCUAGUACUCCUGAAAACGUGACCGGCCUAGUUGGACACCCGGUGACGCUGUUAUGCAAAGUUAAGAAUCUACAAAAUAGAACUGUAUCAUGGGUCCGUCACCGCGACAUCCACCUACUGACUGUGGGCCGCUACACGUACACGUCGGACCAGCGCUUCGAGGCGCAGCACAAGCCGCGCUCCGAGGAGUGGGCGCUGCGCAUCCGUAGCCCGCAGCGCCGCGACUCCGGCCAGUACGAGUGCCAGAUAUCUACCACACCGCCAAUAGGACACGCUGUACAUCUUAAUAUUGUAGAACCCGAGACAGAGAUCAUGGGAGGUCCAGACCUGUUCAUUUACGCCGGGUCUACAAUAAACCUGACAUGUAUUGUCAGACAUACUCCAGAACCGCCUAACACUAUUAAUUGGACGCAUCGAGGGAAGACAAUAAACUUCGACUCGACGCGUGGUGGUAUAUCCUUAGUAACUGAGAAGGGUAUACACAGUAGUAGUAGACUACUAGUGCAGUCAGCACGGACGACAGACGCCGGCACGUAUCAGUGCGCGCCGGACAAUGCUCAGUCAGCGACAGCGAGAGUUCAUGUCCUCACUGGCGAAACUCCAGCAGCGAUGCAGGGAAGUGCACAGUGGGCGAGCAGUUUCGAUCUACAAACUUUAAUAAGCAUUGCAAGUGUUAUAUACUAUCUCAUAGUGUAAAUAACAUACGAAUAUUUUCAAGGACUGUGUUAAAAAGUGAGAAUGUGAAAAACUUUAAAAAGUGAUGUGUACAUACGAGUGAUAAUGAUUGUUCUGUGGUAUCUGAUUGAUCAAUCAAAUGUAGAACAAAUUUUACACAGUGGAAGGACCGUUUGUAAAAAUAAUAGUGUUGUAAAAAUAUUUCAAAGUUCGAAGCCCGUUGAUCCUGAUUGUCAGUUGUUAACCAAACGUCAAUCGUUUUGAAAAACUGGGGUUAGUCGCUGAUGCGAAUUUUUACGUUCCAUUAUUUUUGACGGACGAUAUUUUGCUCACAACUUUUGUAAGCUUAAAUAAAAAGGUUGUGUUUAUCUAAGCGAUGUUUUUGAGCCUUUGAAUUGCUAUAAUUUUGCCUCGUUAAAUUCAAUUUUGUGCUGUCAGGUCUUGAUAUGAACAAUUGAACAUGAAAACUAGUUUAAUGUACCUAUUUACUUUUAUUAUUUCUAUUUUUGUUUGCUCAUACAUUUUAUUGAAUAUGGUUAUACAAACAAGUUUAUGAACUGACCGUACAAUUGGUACGGUGGCUGGGCAACCGGCUGCUGUGCAGCGUGCCGCGGCGCGGGUUCGAUUCCCGUACGG